UGAACCCAGAAUUAAAUGAAAACCCAGGUUGAGUCGACAGAAAAAGGUACCACACUUCUGUCGGAGUGCUCUAAAUACCACCCUUCCGUCGGGGUGUUGGCUUCAUUUUUCUUUACUUGCGAAAGGAAAAAUUAUCGUGAGGAGUAAGACUAUCGAAAAAACCUUCGAGAUCAGUAAAGGCUAUGUAGGUAUCAUGUCAGGAGCCCAUUUAGGCUCCGGUGAUCAUAACUUGUAUUCUUAAUUUGAUUUGUCUUCUCUUUGUGAUCGAGCCUCUGAGUUUUAAUUCCAAACUGUAAAUAUCUCAUAAAUUUCAAAGAAAUUUCCGACCAAGAAAACGAAAACCAUGCUAAAAAUCUUAAUUUUCCCCUAAUCAAAGAGCUUGUUCUGUUCCGAAGUCGACCAAGUCCUAAGUCCAUAUUCCUAAAUUUAACCUUGUCACAUCGCAUAUCCCGGCAUCCUUUGAGAUCUACAGAAAAACAAAAACAAAACAUGGCGGACCCUAUUGCACCAUAACAACGCAAGUUUGGCAUUUUGUUUAGAAGGUUUGGAUCUUCUACAUCACAAGAGUUUAAAACUUUUGGUAUGAGUUAAAAAAACGAUUUUGUUGCAAAAGCACAGAGGUGAUAUCGAUCGUGGCGAGAUGGCUGAAUGUAUGGAAGUUCUUGACGAAGCUGUUCUCCAAGAACAACUGGAAGAAGUCACUGUUCUUCAGUCGAUAUUUCAAGAAGAUCUCCAAAUCAUCCGCAAUGGUGGUGGAGAGGGAAGCAUUUGCUUUAAUCUGAUGGUCAGUGUCAACAUCCCAUUCGAGAGAAUUGACUUCGAAGCUUUGAUUCCGAUAGCUGUUGAGGAACGUUCUGUCAGAGCCUGUAAUAGUGAAAGUGACUCGGACAUGGAAUCCGGAUGCCAUGGCGAGAAUAGCCAAGAAAGUGAAGCCAUGGGCAAAAGUGAAGGUCAUUCAGAAACUCAUAUCAACGGAUCGGAAGUGAGUACAGUGGAUGGGGAUGAGGGUAGGCUUGGGGACGACUCGUCUUCCCCGAGCGGCUCUGCUUUUCUUGGACGCAGAAAACCUGGUUUUACAAGGUCCAUGUCGCUUCAACACUGGCGUGUGACCGCUGAUCUCCUACACUUGACCCCGAUAUGUCUAACAUGUACAUUUCCUCGGUUCUACCCUGCAGAAUGCCCGCCCGAGGUUUCCCUGAGUUGCUUGUGGCUCUCUAAAGAUCAGAUCCAAGUUCUGCAAGAGAAGUUGAUGAAUCUGUGGACAGAAACGCCAAACAUGCCGAUAAUCUUCACCUGGGCAGACUGGUUGCAGAAUUAUGGGUAUCAACAUCUGGGUUUGGGGCCACACUUGGUGUUGAAGGAGGACGAAAGGAUAGUGAUCGAAUCGAAAUUGCAGACACACAUGUAUGCAACUGAGAAUGGCUAUAAAGAUGACAAGUUGAUAGAAAAGGGGAGAAUUGGUACUAAUUUGCAAACUGCAUUACUAACAAUCUUUGAAUAUGACUUUGAAAUGCAAAAGCGAGAGUUUCGACAAACAACCCACUCAUGCAAAAUUUGCUUUGAUGAAAGAAAUGGCACAGAAUUCCACUAUCUAGAUGCAUGCCGACACUUUUUCUGCAAUGAAUGUCUGAAAGCACAUUGUGAAUUACAUGUUGAAGGUGGAACAGUUCUCAAUCUCUUGUGUCCAAACCAUGAUUGCAAGUCAAGGAUUCCACCAGAGAUUCUUCGAGAAGUACUUGAUGCAGAGAAGCUUGAACGAUGGGAAAUGCUGUUACUUAGCAAAACCUUAGACAUCAUGGGAGAUAUUGUGUACUGCCCACGAUGUAAUCUGGCUGUGGUUAUUGAUGAAGAUGAAACCUCCAGACUUGCCCAUUGUGCAAAUUGCUACUUUGCAUUUUGCACUGAAUGCCACCAACAAUGGCACCCUGCCAAACCAUGUUUUAGAGAAUUGUCGGACUCUGACAUGGAUGAUGAAGAAAAAUCAAAGAAAAAGAGCAACAAAGCCCAAAAAAGGAAAAAUACAGAGACACUAGAUGCAGCUGUCAGGAGAAAACAAAGACAACAAGAGGAACACAGGAGGGAAAUGAGCAGUGUAUCUUUCAUUCGCAUGAUGAAAGCAAAAGGAACUUAUCAGUACUGUCCCAAGUGUCGCAUGGCUGUGGAGAGGAUCUCAGGCUGUGACAUGAUGCAUUGCUCACAAUGUCGUACUAGCUUCUGCUGGAGAUGUGGAAAGGCAAUCAGUGGUUAUGAUCAUUUUGGAAACUGUGGCAGAGAAAUUCCACAUCCUUACCCAUCUCCCAGGGAACCAACAGAAGGAGAGGUAUUGAUAGAACGUUACUUGAAGGCAAACCCCAAGAAAAAGCUUCGGACUAAAUUGUGUCCCCGCUGUCAUCAGAAGUGUCUUAAAGAAAACAACAACAAUAACCAUCUCAAAUGCUGGGCUUGCAAAACAGAUUUUUGUUAUCAAUGUGGAAAGGAAAUAAAGGGAACAGUGACUUUGCACUUUGCAGCAGCUAGUUCAUGCACACAGCAUUCAGAUAAUUAGAGAACAUUCAUUCAAGGAACUACAAUGUAAUCCCAAUUUUGUUAAAGUGGAUAUGAAAUAAUUCAUGAUUAUGAAGGUGUUGUGUAGUCUAGGUUUGCAAAGGAUUAGGAAUACUAUCAACGGAUUGCAUGCAUAUGUACAAUAUAUUUAAUAUUUUCAUCAUCCGUAUGUGAGUUCAAUAUUUUUAUGGAUGCCAUUAACUUUAGCAAUAGACCACACUUUCUAUCUGACUGUGUUUACUAGUGUAAUGAUCUACACAUGAUGCUGGGAGAACAGGAGAGAAGUUUAUAAUUCAUAAGCAAGAGGCUAGAAAGAUAUAGUUGGAUAGUAAGGAUAGCCAGUGUGGUUUAUUGCUUUUAUAAAAUAAAAACACAGGAUGUUUCAAUUUUACUAUGGAUUUACUGGACACAAAAUAGACAAUAGGUUUUUGACCAAUCAGGGCACUGGUAGUAUCUCUAUUCAAGUUCACAUCAAUUAAGUAUUAAGUAAUCUGAUGAAGCUGCGAAUGCUUCAUGCAAACGUACCGAAAAAAAUUCUACUGCUGCAAUAGUGUGGCGACGAACAGUCUCUUUGGGUAUGGGUACUAGAUAAUUUUGUCUCGAAUGUCCCCAUUGCCGAAAGUGACGAUGCAAUGAGGGCAAUUGGAGAAAGUAAACUCCACACAGCUUACAAUAAAAAGGGCCAUGAUGUGUCUUUUUCAGAUGA